GACAUCAGUUGGUUAAAGGCAGUCCUACAGUUAUGGGCGCGGGAAACAGCCAUGUUCAGGACGAUUUCGUAAUCCUGCCCAGAAAUCUUGGGCGGGAGGUGGAGCUCACAAUAAAUGGAAAAAAAUACAAAGUAUCUGACAAUGUUCCUGCUGAUACAUCUCUUAAUACCUACAUAAGAGAAUAUGCUCAUUUGAAAGGUACCAAAUUCAUGUGUCUUGAAGGAGGAUGUGGUGCUUGCAUUGUUGAAGUGAAAUCUGCACAUCCGACUACUGGAAAAAUGGUCACGCAAGCAGUAAAUUCAUGCCUUGUACCAAUAUUUGCUUGCCAUGGCUGGGCAGUCACAACUGUCGAAGGUCUUGGCUCAAAGAAAACAGGUUACGACAAAGUAGUAAAAAGGCUAGCCGCUGCUAAUGGCACUCAAUGUGGCUACUGUAGCCCAGGCAUGGUUAUGAACAUGCACAGUUUAUUAGAAGAAAAUCCAAAUAUUACUAUGAAAGAAGUUGAAAAUUCAUUUGGUGGCAACAUAUGUCGUUGUACAGGCUAUCGACCCAUACUGGAUGCUUUCAAGUCCCUCGCGAGUGAUGCCCCAGAUAAAUUAGUGGCAAAACUCUCUGAUAUUGAAGAUAUGAUAUGCCCUAAUACUGGAGAAUCCUGUUACACUGGAUCUUGCAAUAAUAGUUGUUCUCGAUCAACUACAGUCAGCCUGCCUUCCCCAAAUGUAGGACUUCACUUUCAGCUUCAAGAUGGAGCUUCUUGGUACAGACCUUCAAAAAGGCAAGAAGUAUUUGAAGUAUUUGAUAUGAUUGGGGAUAAACGUUACCGCUUUGUAGCUGGCAACACAGGGCAAGGUGUCUAUCGCAUUGAGAACAACCCAGAAGUAUUUAUUGAUCUUAAUGGCCUUGCGGAACUGCAUGGUUCAGAAAUAACUUCUGAAGGUAUAACUCUUGGAGCAAAUAUUGGUCUUACAGAAGCAAUGAAUCUUUUCUAUAAGCUUGCAAAGGAACAACCUAAAAGAUUCAGCUAUUGCCAAACACUUGCUGACCACAUUGACCUCAUAGCUAACGUUCCAGUUAGAAAUACUGGAACUUUCGCUGGAAACAUAGCAAUGAAGCAUGAGCGAGAAGAAUUUCCUUCCGAUCUAUUUUUAUUUUGUGAAAUGGCAGGAGCUGAAUUAUUAAUAGCUGAUAGCAGUGGUGAAGAUACAAGAAUGGGGUUUAUGGAGUAUUUGCAAACGGACAUGAAUAAAAAAUUGAUUGUGAAAAUUUAUCUUCCAAAUCUUGAUGACAACCACUAUGUGACAAGAUCCUACAAGAUAAUGCCUAGAGCACAAAAUGCCCAUGCUUAUGUUAAUGCUGGUUUUAAAGUAAAAGUUGAUAAAAAUAACAAAUUUUCUGUCAUGGAAAAGCCAACUCUCUUAUUUGGAGGAAUAGAGCCUUCUUUUCUCCAUGCAGUAAAAACUGAGGAAUAUUUAACAGGUAAAAAGUUAUUGGAUGAGAUAACUCUGAAAGGAGCCCUUUCGGUUUUGGAAUCAGAGCUGAAACCUGAUCAUAUCCUUCCUGACGCAACACCAGAAUUCAGAAUUGGUCUUGCUUUAUCACUUUUCUAUAAGUUCAUUCUUUCACUGGCACCAGAUCAAAUUAGUGCAAAGUAUAAAAGUGGAGGUUCUCUUCUUCAACGACCGGUUUCUAAGGGUAUUCAAGAUUUCCAGACAGACUCAUCAAUAUGGCCUCUGAAUAAACCUGUUCCCAAAAUUGAAGCACUGACACAAUGUGCAGGAGAAGCAGAAUACACAAAUGAUAUUCCAGCGAUCCCUGGACAAGUGUGGGGACAACUAGUACUCUCAGAAAGGGCCAAUGCCCUUGUUUCUAAAAUUGAUCCUUCUGAAGCAUUGAAAUUACCAGGAGUCAUUGCUUUUUUUUCUGCAAAAGAUAUACCUGGAAAGAAUUCUUUUAUUCAAUCUCAAUCUGUAAACUAUUUGGAAAAUGAGCGGGUUUUCGUAGAUGGAAGGGCAAAAUAUGCUGGUGAAGCUGUAGGUGUAAUAAUUGCUGAAAGCCACACUCUAGCAAUCAAAGCUGCCAAGCUUGUAAAAAUAGAAUAUACAGAUCAAGGAAAGAUUUUAAUUGACAUGAGGGAAAUAAUAGAUGGUGGUUUGCAAGAAAGAAUUAAAGAAUAUGCUAAAUUAACUCCAAAAGAUCAAGGAAAGGACGUAAAGCAUACCAUCAAAGGUACAUGGGAUCUGAAGACACAAUAUCAUUAUACUAUGGAAACACAAACCUGCAUUGCAGUUCCAACUGAGGACCACUUAGAAGUUUAUCCUGCUUCUCAAUGGCCAGCAUCCGCUCAAGAAGCUAUCAGUUUAGUUCUUAAUAUCCCAGAAAAUGCAAUUGAUUUGCGAGUAAGAAGAUUAGGUGGUGGGUACGGAGCAAAGAUUUCUAGAGCUAACCACAUAGCAGCUACAACUGCUCUCAGUGCACACCUGCUUCAUCGGCCAGUAAGAAUGGUACUUAAUUUGGAAACCAAUAUGGAAUGGACUGGGAAGAGAUUUCCAGUUUAUAGUAAUUAUGAGGUGGGAGUAGAUGAUAAUGGAGUUAUUCAGUACUUUAAGGGAGCAAUAUAUCAAGAUGAUGGCUAUUGCCCAAAUGAUUCUUCAAUCGGUGCCACAAUUCAUCAUUUACGAAAUGUGUAUAAUUCAUCAAGAUGGGAUAUUACUGGUUAUGGCGUAACAACUGAUUCUGCUUGCAAUACAUGGUGUCGGGCACCAGGUUCAACUGAGGCAAUAGCAUUUAUUGAAACAAUUAUGGAGCAUAUAUCAAAUGCUACAGGAAAAGACCCAAUUUCAGUCCGAUUGGCAAACAUAGAUCCUUCAGACCCCAUUGUUCCUUUGAUUAAUGAUAUGAGAAAAAAUGCAGAGUAUGAUAGCAGACUGAAACAAAUCCAAGAUUUCAAUGCGCAAAAUCGUUGGAAAAAACGUGGUAUCGCUCUCGUACCUAUGAAUUAUCCAUUCGAUUUCUGGGGAAGCUUCUAUGGUAUGGUAUCAAUUUAUGGUAUGGAUGGAUCUGUUGCUAUUUCUCAUGGAGCAAUCGAAAUGGGUCAAGGUGUAAAUACUAAGGCAGCUCAAGUAGCUGCUCACAUUCUUGGAGUAGAACUUGAAUCAAUUAGUGUGAAACCAACAAUUUCAGUUGUUUCACCAAACAACUCAUCUACUGGUGGAAGUCUUGGAAGUGAAGCAAUUUGUUAUGCUGUGAAAGUAUGCUGUGAAGAACUGAACAAACGUUUACAACCAAUAAAGGAGAAACUGGGAAGUUCAGCAUGCUGGAAAGAUGUUUGUAAUGAGGCUUACAAACAAAAUAUUAACCUCAACUAUACCUACAUGUUUACAAGUAGGGAUGACGUAAAAUCAUAUGCUAUUUAUGGUGUGGUUGUUACUGAAGUUGAGAUAGAUGUCCUUACAGGCCAAUAUCAUACCAAGAGAGUAGACCUAAUGGAAGAUGCUGGACAAUCUUUAAGCCCUGAAAUAGAUGUAGGUCAGGUGGAAGGUGCUUUUAUCAUGGGCACAGGCUACUUUACCUGCGAGGAAACAGUAUACAAAAGAGAAACAGGCCAGUUACUGACCAACAGGACUUGGAAUUACAAACCACCAGGUGCAAAAGAUAUACCAAUUGACUUCAGAAUAACUCUACGGAAAAAUGCACCCAAUCCAACUGGUGUUCUACGUUCUAAAGCUACUGGUGAACCUCCACUCUGCUUAAGCUGCUCAAUUGUCAUGGCUCUCCGCAAUGCUAUUGAAUCAGCACGCAAAGACAGCGGAAAACAUGAUGAAGUCUGGUUUGAUUUAGAACCGCCUUGUACAGGUGAAAGAAUAUGGCUUGGAUGUUUGACAAAAAAAGAAAUGUUUAAACUGUGAUUAUAAAAUAAAUAACAAAGAGGAAGCUGACAGUAUUCAUUAAUUUGAUUAAUAAUUAAUACAAAUAAUAUAAUAAGCACAUGACAUUUUAGGGAAUUGAUUAUUUACACCAUUCUUAAUUAAUAAAUUUAACAAGUUGAAAUAUAUAUUAUUAUGUAUUUACAUAUUGCAAUAUCAAGGUAACAAUACCUUAUAAAAUGAAAAAAAAUAGUAAGAAUUUAAACUAUGCUGUAAAUGUAGACUUACUUAUAAAGUCAUCACAAUUACUAGAAAAAAAAAAUCAUUUAAAUAAGCAAGUUAAUACCUUGAUGAAAUGUAAUUAUUAAGAUUGUAAAAAUGUAUGUUGAUAAUAAAUCAAAACCUUUUGUGUCCUUACUAAUAGUAUAAUAAUUUUUAAGAUGAAAUAUUAUUAAUUUACUGUUCUUCUCAAUUUAAGAUAACUUAUAUAUGCACAUUGACUUAAAAAACCUCGUAAAUGCUUCUGACAUAAUUUUUCAGAAGACUAAAAUCAAUCUCUGAAUCAUUUUCACCUUUCAGAUAAUAAGUAGACAGAACUGGUCAUAAACAAACGACAAAACUGAGAAUGUAACAAUGAAAUUUAUGAGGUUUUUCAGGUAUACUGUUGAAUAAAAUACAUUAUAUUUUUAUAAAUACAGGGUUAUGAACUGAUAUUUUAUAUUACAAUUUUUAUUGAAUAAAAUAUUGUUAAUUUAGAUGAUCUAUUUCAAUUCAAAACAGAUGACCCACCAUGCUUAAUAAAAUGGAAGUUCUUCUUUGGAAUUUUGGAUUAGUCCUCAAGGUUUUAUAAGAGUUUUAGGAAUUGGGUUUUAAUAUCUAUCAGAAAUGUAUACCCUGAUUCUAUAAAGGGCAUAUAUUAUGAUUUUAUGCUAUUAUAACUAUAUUACACAUACCAUCGGUUUAUUGCAAAAAAUCACUGGGUAUAUCUUUCAUUAUAAAACAAAUUAGAAUUAAUAUCAAUCGUAAUAAAUUAUACUAAACUUCUAAGUACAUUUUUGUUAAUUUUAAACUUAUUUUUUUAUGAAAAAAAGAAAAGUAAAUACAUCAAAAUGCCACAAACCUUUUUAUAAAUCAAAAAUAAUGGCUUGAAGUGCACAAUGUUCUCAUUUCACUUAAGGGAAAUACAUGGUUAUUUAUUUUAUGAAAUGCAACUAAUGACUUUUUAUAAUAUAUAAAAUUGUCACCUAAUAAUCAUUUCUAGCAAUAUGCUAUUGGCUUACUAUAAAAAAAAAACUCCAAGUCACAAUCAGUGUCACUUUUACAAUCUGCUGUUUCACAUUCAAAUGCUAUGCUAUAUAAAAGUUAGUCAACAACUUAAAAAGUUUUCAAAAUUUUCAAUGGCACGAAAUAUUUUGUUUGUAAAAUGGCAAUACAAUGGAUCCAAACAUUAUCGACAUGAACAAAUAUUACAGAUUCCAAGUCUUGCUGGAUCUGUUUAAUUAUACAACUAACCAGCAAAAUUGUUAUUUUUACAGGUAUAUAAUUAGAGUUGCUUUUAUUAUUAUUAAUAAUUCAGGUACAGUAAAAUCUCAAUAAUCCAAGUAACCUAAACAUAAAAGUGUAUUUUAUGUUAAGAAAGUAUUUAUCAAUAUGUGUAUCACAUUUAGCGUUACUUAAUUUCCUAACCAAUUACACAAGGUUUAUUAAUAGACUUUAGAGUCCUAUAAGCCCAAAAAAGAAUUUAAAAUAAAAUCUCUAGUUAUGGUUUAUUAUUUUGAAAGCCCACAAUUCUUUUUAUUUCAAAGAAAUAAUUUUUUUUAAAUAAAUGGAGAUAAAAUAAAUUAUCAC